GUGGCUCAUCGCCUCUUUUGGUGAUUUACUGAAUAAACCUGAAGAUGAAUCUGUCAACACUGUCUCUUUUCUGUCUUAGUUCCUUUCUGUUCCUGAUCUCCGACCUUCGGACCAACAUCAUGCAGUUGUAGCAGUAAAAACUAGUUGUUCCCACCGCGUCAGAACCCGUCUGGCCGACUCCCAGCUGCCCUCCUCCGGGUCUCUUCCUGGCUACUUCCCCCGACUUUUUAAUUGCGGGGGUUUCACCGGGAAAAUCCAGCAGAGAUGUCCAACAGUGGUGGCUCUGUUGUCGGCCUCCUGUCCUACGAGACGCUGGUCCAUGCGGUGGCAGGUGCAAUGGGGAGUGUGACAGCCAUGACAGUGUUCUUCCCUUUGGAUACAGCUAAAAGCAGAUUGCAGGUGGAUGACAAACGAAAGUCUCAGUCCACUCCUGUCAUUUUGGCUGAAAUUGCAAAAGAAGAGGGCUUUUUGGCUCUGUACAGAGGCUGGUUUCCAGUCAUCUCCAGCCUUUGCUGCUCCAACUUUGUCUACUUCUACACUUUCAAUGCACUGAAGAAGGCAGCUGCAUCUGGACCAGGCAAGCCCAGACCUGGGAAGGACCUGCUGAUGGGGAUGGUAGCAGGUGUGGUGAAUGUGAUCCUGACCACUCCCAUGUGGGUAGUCAACACCCGACUGAAGCUGCAGGGGGUGAGGUUUAGAAAUGAAGACCUCCACCAAACCCAGUACAGAGGCAUAUUUAAUGCUUUCUCGCAGAUCAUUGCCGACGAGGGAGUGGGAACUCUGUGGAACGGCAUCCUGCCCUCUCUCAUCCUCGUGGUCAACCCGGCUGUGCAGUUCAUGAUUUAUGAAGCCAUGAAGAGGAAGGCAGGCAAGGGAGGCAGGAAGAUAUCCUCGACAAAGAUCUUUCUCAUUGGAGCAAUUGCCAAGGCCAUCGCUACCACAGCCACAUACCCCCUCCAAACCAUCCAGGCCAUCCUGAGGUUCGGUCAGUAUAAAGGCGACGGCAAAGGAGGCCUGAUGGGGAGCAUCUCCAACAUUUUUUUCCUCUUCAUGGACCGGAUCAAGAAGUAUGGCUUUCUUGGUUUGUACAAAGGCUUGGAGGCCAAGCUGCUGCAGACUGUGCUGACGGCCGCCCUCAUGUUUGUAGUUUACGAGAAGAUCACCGCCGCCAUCUUCAGAGUCAUGGGCCUGAACAAAAAGCCGACGCACUGAGAGCUUCUGCUUGAAUAGAGCACAGUGCCUGCUACUGAUUUAUAUUAACGCUUCGAAGUAAAUUAUCGUCUUAAGUAAUUAAAGUUAGACUUGAUGCCAGUAAGGCCACUGAUUUCUGGGAAUGCAUACAAUAUGUAUAUAGACCACUGAUGGGUUUAAAACCCACCAGAGCUUCUAACAGCUCCCAUCUAUGCAGACAGAUUACUUUUUUAUUUUACUUCCACAUUUGAGCCUUCUUAAACAGCAGCUGUAUUACUGUUUUCCAAUAGGACAAUGUAGUAUUAACUAAUUAAACCAAAUGUUUUUUGUACUUGGAAGGAAAUCUAAUACAGUUUGCAAGCCUGCCUCAAGGACCAAACAAAAAAAACAAAAAAAUCACACGGGCACAAACUAUUCCUAGUUAGUAAUAACCCAGUUCAUUUCUGGGUAAUCUGAAAAGGGCCAGUCUUACUGUUUUUGAUAAAUUGGAAGGCCUAAAAUGAAUCUCACCAUAUAAUGAGUCUGCUGUACUUUUAGAGACUACUAAAUACUUAUAGUCGUAUUUUGAUGCACUGGAUCUUCUCCUAACUUGUGCUUUAAACUAUGAAACUUUCACGUUUAUGUUUCCCUGCUUAGAAAGUACAAAAAAAAAAAUUGUAGCCGGAGUGUGGAUAGCACUGUCAUAAAAAAGCUGUGAUUUCUGUGAUGGUUUUAUGAAAAUUAUCAUUCGAAUUAGAAAUGAUAGAAAUCACUUCCUUUUUAACAAUAACUGCAAGCAUUUAAAGCGGAUAUUAACAGACAUGGAGGUCAGAGCUAAUUGUACAAUAAGUUACACUGUUAAUGAUACACAAGUGCCUCAAGACGUGGUGGAAGUUUUACUAUGGAAACUGUUUCCUGUCUUAAUCUUUGUAAUUUUCAGCUUUUUGUCUUCCAUUAUUUAAGGUUCCUUGGUGCUGCGGUUGAAUGUAUCAAUGUUUUCUCUCUCCAGCUCUUAUUUGGUAACUGAAAGUUUGAGCUGCCGCUGACUGUAACAAUGUGCUGCACUGUUUCAUGACGUUUCUUUGUACUGAAGUAAAGCCUAACAGAAAUGUAGAGAACUUAUCAAAACAAAGCAAAAGGACACACAUUUAGGCAAUUACUAGAUUACACCAUAAGUGUCAGUUAUUGUCUUAUUUAUUUAUUUAAAAAAAAUCUUAAACAUAGGUUUACAUGAAAUACUUUUAAAGAAAGAAAAUAAUGAUUUGAUUAUUUGAUGUAUUUUUUUUUCAUUACAAUUUAAUAUCUUUUUUUUUUAUUUCACUUCAUUAACCUGAUGCUUUCUAACUCAAGGUUACUAUUAUAAGGGAACAAUAAAUUCUAUGAAACAUUU